AUGGAAAGUUUUACGCAUAUAAUACCUCACAAGUUAUGCAAAACAAAUACAAUCUUAUGGUUGGGAAUUGAUUUAGGCUUGGAAGUUUUUUUUAUUACAUCUACUUUCAGGCGGACCAUUCAAACAUACUCGCAGAUAAUGUCAAAUAAGUUACUUUUCGGUAAAGCUCUGGCGUCUUAUGAUGAAGAAGAUAUUGAUGAGUUAUUAUCCAAGCUCACACCAGAAGAGUUGGAGCAGUUAAACGACGAUUUUGAUCCAGAUAAUUCUCUGCUACCACCUUCACAGCGAUGUCGCGACCAAACUACUAAGUCUCCUACUGGACCAUAUGAUCGGGAAAAGCUACUCAGGUAUCUUAUUGAGAAAGCCAAAGCUGAGAAAGACUGGGAGGAAGCUGUACCUUUUGAGAGAAAAAAAAGGGGCAAAAUAUUUACACCGAAGCAGACUUUAUCACAAAGUGCUCAGAAUGAAUUAUCCGAUAUGGGUUUCGAUGUAGAAUUUGAUGAGGAUGUUAAUAAGGCUCUUGAGAAUGCUACUGAAGAUGAACUGGUUGAUUUGGCUGCAGUUUUGGGCUUUACUGGGAUGCUGAAUCAAGUACAAUUUCAUGCUAGUUUAGAAGGUCGUAAAAUGGAAUUUGGUGGAUUUUCUGGUGUGGCUAAAGCUGAACGUCCAAAGAUUCUGCCAGAUGAACCACCUAAUACCACUGAUGUAGAAGAUAGUAUCAAAAAGCUGGAGGAGAACAAUUCAGAAUUAACAAAGUUGAAUCUGAAUAAUAUCAAGACAAUGAGUGCUGAAGUAGUCCAACGCCUGUGUACUGCUAUCACGAAAAAUACCAAGCUAACUGAAUUACAUAUGGCAGCUACACGUCUAACAAAUGCCAUGGUUGAACCAUUCUUCGAUAUGCUUCAAAAUAAUACAACAUUGAAAGUGUUGAAUUUGGAGUCGAACUUUUUAACCGGUGUUAUUCUUGUCCGUUUGUUGGAAUCAAUAGCGCAUGAGAAAAGUGGAAUAACCGACUUACACUUAGCUAAUCAACGCCAGUCUGUACUCGGUGUAAAAAUCGAACAAAACUUAACAGAAUUAAUUCUAGGCAAUCCACGUCUAGUACGUUUAGGCCUAGAUCUAGAAACAAGCGAUGCUCGUGUACGCACCAGGGAACAUGUCAAAAUGAAUUUGGAUCGUGUAUCUCGACAAGUCCGACGCAAUAAAAAUUAAAUUCGUAUACACAGGACUGAAUAUUGUAUUCAUUUUCGUUUUGAUUCGAAGGGAAAAUUUAUUUUUCUUCGCCUUAUAUAUAUAUCAUAUUGUUUGCAGUGAUUUUUUCCUAAUUUUCCUAAUUCAGAAUAAGCCGAUAUCUCAGUAAACCGCAGUGUCCGAGUAGACACUCUGUCUACUUCUUUCCUGUUUCUUUUACUGUCAGGCGGUUGGUGUUCUUGCUGGCGUUUUGUAUUACUAUACCACCACCAGUUCACCAUGCCUUUGUUAUCUACCCACUUGCAUGUAUUCAUCCGUGUCUACUUGCUUUCUUAGUAGUUAUACAUUAUGAUCCUCUGAGGAAUGUGAACCGAUAAUUUUGUUGAUCAAAUGUGUUCCAGUGUAAUUCUUGAACACCACUCCCUAGAUCAUUGUUAAAGAUGCGAUAAAAAGAUGCAUAUCUUUCCUCAUUUGCAUUCAUUAAUCCCGUUUCUCCUGUCUCCUUCCUACCUGCUGCCUUCAUGAAAGUAUAUGUUAGCCAUUUUCAUGUAUAGCACAAGUUCAUCACCUAUUACUUUGUGCUCAAAUAACUGUCUGCUUUGCAUACUUAGUAGUAAUUAACAUUUUGUUGUUGUUAUUAUUGCAUUUCUUUUCAUUUUGCCUUUUCAAAGGAGUAUUUUUCUUUCAAACUGAUGGUUGCAUAAACCUUAAUUGGCAAAAAGGAUUGAAAUCAUUUCCUGAUUGUCACUCCCUUCUCUUUUUCUUGUUAUCAUUAUACUAGUAGUGCUUUCCAAUAGAUUUUUUCGCCUAAGUUUUGUAAUAUUACUUACAAUUAAAUUAGUCAUUCAAGGUUAUAUAAUCAUAUAAUAAAGUUGACUAUCAUUUGUAUUCACAAAAUGUUAUUUUUAAAAAUGUUAGUGAACUUUUAGAUGUAGUUUUUGCUUUUAAUUUAUGGUUUCUUUGUUACCUUGUAGAUAUCAGAAAUGGAAUAACGUAUUUCGUUCAACCUUGAACAUAUUCUUGCUCCCUUUGAA